AUGGUGUGCUUUCAGAAUCGUUGCGUUAUGCCCGAUUCUUCUACUAAAGGUACUAAUGAUAAUCGACUUGAAGUGGUGGAUGCGGAUGUGAUCGAAACAGUGGAAUAUCUUCUGGACAAUAUUCGUCUAGAACCUACCUCUGAAGGUAGCUCAAAACUCAAAGCCGUUCAGUUCAAUUCGAACAAAACGUCUAUUGUCACCCAAAAUUUAAAUGGUCCAUGUCCAUUAAUAGCUCUGGUCAAUGUGCUUACUAUACUUUUAAGGGUUAACGAAACUCCCCGGAAAUGGCCACAUAACGAGAGACACGUUAGGAAAGAGAACAGAGAGAUCAUACUUCAGAUUGCAGACGCGCUGCUCCAGAUGCGGCCUAAUAACAUGGCCGUACAUGUAGAAAGUAAUUAUGAUAGAAACCUCGACGAUGUUAUAAAUCUUCUACCAGACUUAGGGCGUGGGUUGGACGUCAAUGUCAGAUUUCGGCACGUUACUGACUUUGAAUUUACACCAGCUCUGUCGUUAUUUGAUUUACUUCGAGUAAACUUAUACCACGGAUGGCUUCCGGAUCCUCAAUUCGUGGAAAUUAACCUAACUUACAACCAACUUGUGGAGCAGAUAUGUGACGAAGAGAAUCAUAAUCGAUUAUUACUGCAAGAGUUUUUGGACGAGAAUGUCACGCAACUGACUUACCAUGGAUUAAUUGGUCUCAUGGAGGCAAUGCAAGAUGGGGAGUUAGCAGUGUUAUUUCGAAACAACCAUUUUCAUACGAUUCAUAAGAGAAAGGAUCUGCUUUACUUACUUGUGUCUGAUAGUGGUUACGUUAACGAGCCGUCUAUUGUUUGGGAGUCCUUCAACAAUGUUGACGGAAGUUCGAUUUUUUUCGCGAGCGAUUUCACUGUUGGUUCUCCUGGUACUAGUAACCCAACAAAUGAACCAAUGGGUCCCUCAGUGCCCUUGCAGAUUGAAAACAUAUUUCUCUAUUUGAGACUAGUCCCACGGUUCGUCCGUAUACGCACGUUAUCGGUUUUAGGGCCUCAUUUCAGAUUAGAGUCGCCUAUGCAUAUAUUCCCUGCUAUUCCCUUGAACCUUAACGAAUUGGUGUCCGUUGCUUUUCGUGGUCGGUCACAUAGCCCUUUUUAA